AUGUCACUCGUGCUCGACACGGCCGAAACAGAAAGGUCGGUUGCAGUUUCUGGCUGCAAGAUGGACAAUGUGGACAAGAUGAGGAUGCAGAGCCGGGGCUGGGCAUGCGCGGACGCUGCAGACAGCAGCCGGCCGUUUCGAACGAUGGCCGUCGUGGAAACCUCGUCGACCAAUAAGGCACUAGGCUUCGACGCCUGCAGCAUGCACGACGUCGAUGAGAGGCACGAUUCUGGCAACCCUUCCUGUUCGAUGCAACCCCAUUUGGUUCGUCUCGCAUCGAUAUUGCCUGUUAUUCUAAGGGACGCGAUGCCACAUCCUGGCGAGCUGCUCAUAGUGGCAGCCAUAGCCUGGGGCUACUCGAACGCUGAUACGAGCCAGCUUGCCACAGAGGCAGAUGGUCUCGUUUAUGAGACAUCCAAGGUGCUCUGCCCGGCAGCUGGAGGAGCAAGUGCAAAGGUGCUGCCAGAGGUGCCUCCAAGGAGCUUGUUUUGUAACGAGCAGUUGGCUCUGAACAAGAAGAUCUUUACUGUGACCUACCGAGGCUUAGGAGAGGAGCAACAUUACGGCUCUAUCGUUUUGAAGGACGCAGAAGAACAGACAACCUCAAGGCGUACUCGACCAUCCGCCACCAUCGCGAUUGCCAGCCUGCUCCCAAAAACAGGCCACUUCCAUCUGAGGCAAUAUUGGAGGGUCUGCAUUUCGCAACGUACCAAUUGA